CUUUCGACUACAGGAGGCGGGAGUGGCGUCGUAGCGUUACCAUGGUGAAGUGUCACCGUCCGUCGACGUUUCGCAGAAAAACUUAUUGUGGCAUUCGGACACGAAAAGAACUAUGCUAAGUGGAAAAUUCCUGAACACAGAUUUUGAUAAUGAUUCAUACAGAUCACAAUAAAAAUAAUACAACUUUGUCAAAUCUGAAAAAUGGACAUCAGUUUCAGAAAUCAAUUCUUGGAAAUAUUAAGUUACUUGAUAAAAAGAUAUUAUGGGAUUCUGUUUUUCCGGUACCAGAUUAUUUAUUGCCCUGGGCUCCUCUUAUUAUUUUUACAUUGGCACUUGCCUGUUUUAUAAACAGUAUUUAUGGAAAUUUUGUAUUUGAUGACUCUGAAGCAAUAGUUAAUAAUAAUGAUCUGAAAUUAGAGACACCAUUAAGCAACAUUUUUAAAAAUGACUUUUGGGGUACAAAACUUACUCACAAUAAUAGCCACAAAUCAUAUCGUCCAUUAACUGUUCUUACUUUCAGGAUAAAUAAUUUCCUCUCUGGUGGCUUGCAUCCUGUUAGUUUUCAUCUAGUAAAUGUUGUACUAUACGGCAUAGUCUGUAUACUUACAUUUUAUGUGAUAUGUUCAGUUUUUAUUGGAAUUUUCAAACAUCAUAAUGCACCUAAAGCAUCUUUCAUAUGUGCCUUACUGUUUACAGUCCAUCCUGUUCAUACUGAAAGUGUAUCUGCAGUUGUAGGAAGAGCUGAUUUAUUAUGUGCUUUAUUUUUUUUCCUGUCAUUUUUAGCAUAUGUAAAAGGUUGUAAGAAAGCUAUAGAGGUGAACAUUGCAUCUUCUUUUACUUGGAUAGGAAUUUGUUUAAUAUUGGCAGGAAUUUCAAUGCUUUGUAAAGAACAAGGUAUUACAGUCAUUGGUAUCUGCAGUGCCUAUGAUAUUAUUAUUAAUUGUAAAAUUGACCUUUCAUUAAUCAGCUUGUUGAAUUUAUCCACAUAUAAAAAUCAAAAAUGGUUAUCUCAAUUCCUUGGACGACAAAUUUUUCUUACAGUUGGUGGAAUGAUUUUAUUAUUUGGGAGAUGGCAAAUAAUGGGAGCCCGUGCACCCGUUUUUCAGCAUGUUGACAAUCCUGCAUCUUUUGAAGAAAAUUUAAUUCUUAGGGUUAUAAAUUAUAAUUAUAUUUACACGUUGAAUAUAUGGAUACUUUUGCAUCCUUUAUGGCUUUGUUUUGACUGGUCGAUGGGAUGUGUACCAUUAAUACGAUCUGCAUCCGAUUUUCGCCUCAUCGUUGUAAUAAUAUUUUGGGCCGUGUUUGGCUUAUUUUUCUACUUUGGAGUUUUAUCGGGAGAUCGAAAAAUAAGAAGGUUAACAACAAUGGGUUUGGCAUUUCUUAUUGUGCCAUUCUUACCAGCUUCUAAUAUAUUCUUCAGAGUAGGCUUUGUCAUAGCAGAGAGAGCAUUGUUUCUUCCAAGUUUAGGAAUUUGUUUUUUAAUAACAAUAGGAUUUCAUCAGAUCUGUAAUUCUUCAAAUCAACAGAUGAACAUUAUCUGCUUCAGUGUUUUAAUAGCAACAUAUGUUGGAAGAUCUAUACAAAGAAGUUCUGAUUGGAGAAAUGAGGAAUUACUUUUCAAGACAGGUUUAGAUGUUUGUCCUUUAAAUGCAAAGUCACCAAGACCAGAUUUUGCUGCUGCUUGGAUGAAUUUAGGAAUUGUUCAGAGCAGUAAAGGAAAAGUGAUUGAAGCUGAACAAAGUUAUCUCACUGCUAUUAAUCAUCGUAAACAUUAUCCAGAUUGUUAUUAUAAUUUAGGAAAUUUGUAUCUCGAACAAAAACAAUAUGAAAAAGCUUAUUUAGCAUGGAAAAAUGCAACAACGCUUCAACCCAAUCAUUUAGUUGCAUGGAAUAAUAUGAUAAUUAUGUUAGAUAGUAUAGGGAGUUUAUUAAAAGCUGAAGCAAUGGCUCAAGAAGCACUAGAAAUAUUGCCAAACGAAGCAUCUCUUCAUUUCAAUCUGGCUAACACCCUUGGUAAAGUAGGACGAUAUCACGAAUCUGAAAAGCAUUUCCAAAAAGCUAUUGCCCUGAAUAGCAAUAAUCCUACAUAUUACACAAAUUUAGGUGUAUUAUAUCACAGAUGGAAGAAAUAUAAAAAUGCUGAAGAAGCCUAUCUUCGGGCUCUAGAGUUAAAGUCGGACAUGAAAAGUGCUCGGGAAAACUUAGAACUCUUGUACAGAACUAUUAAUAAGAUAAAUGCAUAAAAUAUAUUUAAUAAUUUUUAUUUUAAAAUGAAAUAUUCACUAUUUUUCGUCGGAAAAUCCAGUUAUAGAAUUUUGCAUUCGAAUGAAACCAAUAUUAGCCAUUAUUCUAUGGCAUGAAUGAAAUGAAAUCUUUGUAUUUAGCAGAUAACUAUUAACAGGAAAAAAAUCACGGUCCUUUAUAAUGCAUCAAUAUUGUUAUAUUCGGAAAUAUAUUAUGAAUUUAUAUUAUUAUUUUAUGUAAGUGUAAGAGUACGUUUUAAGUCGAAAAUCAUUCAUAAUAUAAAACGUUUGCAAGAAUUUCCUACAUGGUCGAACACUUCAUUGUGAACAUUUUAUGUAAUUUUUUUUUUUUUAACGAAAUAUUCUUAUUUCAAAUGAUUUAACUAAUUACAUAACGUAUUUCACAACAGUAAUAAUUUGUUAAGAUAAAUGUAUUGUGUAGUUAAGAUCAUUUCUCAACGAGUGAAGAUAUUUAUUGCGAACCGACGUCAUAUCAAUUGCAUUUCCGACGUGCCCAGACAAUCAAAAGUUAUUUUAAUCAAUAAAUACACGAAAGUACAAUUAUAAGCGAACAUUCCACGUUUCUCGGCAGCUUUUCCAAUAUAUGAACUCUGAAAGUUGUAUCGACGGACAGAAAAUAAGUUUGAUUUAUAAGAAUGAUGUCGAUCAAUUGGGACAAAGCAGAAAACUUUUCAAUUGUCUUCUAAUUUGAUUUAAAAGAAUACGAAAGAAUCUUAGCAAUUUCUACUGACGAUUUCGUAUAAUAAUUUUGCUUUGUCCGGUUAUCGUUUACGGAUAUAAAGUACUAAAAGAAAAAUCUAUUUUGAAAAUUAUUUAUGUUUUAAAAAUUGAAGCGAAUCAUAUCAAAAUCUACCUCGUACAAAAUACAGUAAUUGGACGGCACAAAAACUUUUGGCGUAAGUGUACUGUGUAUACUCUGAUGAAUUAAGGAGAAUAAAAGAUUUCUAGAACCACUCGUUUUCCUUUUGUACGUCAUUGGAUGUAGAACAGUGAGGUUGUGGAUAAAAUGUAAUUGAAAUAGUUACGUUUCAUUUUUCAUCCUUGUCGUUAUAGUUUUUUGUGUAAAUAUGUUUUCUAUAUGAUGUUUUGUUACUACUGUAUUGCAUUAGUUUUGUGUUUAAAAAACAGAAUACAUAACUAAAAGUGCCAAAUGUUUUAGUCAUCAUUUUCUAAUUUUAUAUAGAACUCGUUAUAUAUGUUAAUAAAUUGUGUGUAAAACUAAUGUAAUUAAAUGUUGAAUAAAACGUCGAAUGUAUUGUUUAUCGAAAGUUA